GAGCGUGAUCUCCGCAGCCGCCGGCUUAUUAUUCACUCUAUGUUAUCCUGUGAUCUGUGGGCUGUGGCUAGAACUUUGUUUGUUGUUAUCUUUUCUCUAUUUCCCUUGUUGAAUUUCAUUAAAAAAAUCUGAAAUGGAUAGUGUAGUAGUUUAAAUCUGUGUACCUACAUCAUUAAUUAAUUAUUAAGUAUAAUAAAAUUCCUACCCGUGCCUUAUAUGUUUAUGUGCAAUAUUAAAUACUUCGGACCCAUGAGUCGUUUGUUCGGAGUCAUUUGUUUUCAUUAUGACGAAGCGCCGAAGAAUAGUUCAAGCUGACAAAAUAAUACAGAAUGUUAUUCAUGUGUUUUGUUUAUUGAUGUUUUUGCAACUAAAAGGUUACUACUCAAGUUCAAGCAUAAAUAAUCCAGUAUUAUUGUAUUCAACUGCAUCCGAUAUACGAGUGGCAAAUAUAUCAAAAUCUGGAAAAAUUAAUGCAAUAAUCAAAGGUUUGGAGCAAGGUUCCGCUGUUGACUUCCUGUGUAAAAAGAAUUUAAUAUGCUGGUCGGAUCAGACUGCGGAAUUGAUACAAUGUAUGGAGUACAACAAUACACAUUCUGGAGAAAAAAUGAGGAUAGUAUCAGAAGGCAUAAUUACUCCUACUGGUAUUGCAAUAGAUUGGUACACAGACAAAAUCUAUUGGACAGAUGGAGAAACUAAUAGAAUAGAAGUAAUAAGUAUAGAACACAAAUAUAGAAAAGUUUUAUUUUGGACAGAAGUAGACCUGGCCAGGGCUAUUGCUCUAGUUCCUAAGGAGGGGUUAAUGUUUUGGACAGAUUGGGGUGAAAUACCCAAAAUUGAAAGAGCUGGUAUGAAUGGUGAUCCAGCAACACGUAAAGUUAUAGUAAAGGAUAAUAUAUUCUGGCCCAAUGGAAUCACUAUAGACUAUAAUAACAAUUUAAUUUACUGGGUUGAUGCCAAGCUACAGUUUGUAGAUAUGAUUGACUUUAAUGGCGAAAAACGAGCGCGAAUAGUAAAAGACGGUUUGAAAUAUCCAUAUGCAUUGGCCUAUUUUCAUGAGAAACUAUAUUGGACUGAUUGGAAGACAUGGGGUAUAUAUUCAUGGGACAUAUCAACAAAUGGAGCUAUAAAAGAGCUGAUUAAGUCUGACCCAGUACCGGUUGACAUUAAAGUAUAUGACAAAAGCCGGCAGCUGAUGCCUACUGGAGACUACCCUUGCAAAAACAAUGAGGGAUGUUCGCAUUUAUGUCUAUUAGCACCUAAUCCUCCAGGUUACGUUUGUGCCUGUCCAACGGGCGUAAAGUUAAAAGAAGGAAGCAACACAACAUGCUACAACACGCCACAAUCUAUGCUCUUAGUCGCCCAGCGGUCUGUCAUAUCCAAGAUUUCACUAGAUUCACCGGACUUCACACCCUACACACUGCCCUUAAAGGAUUUAAAGAGAGCUCUCACUGUUGACUUUGAUCCGAAAAGUGAAUACAUUUAUUGGGCUGACAGUCAGUCCAAAACAAUAUCCCGUGCACGGUUGGAUGGAAGUGAGCAGACUGUGGUCAUACACAGCAACGGCGUGCCCGACAGCAUAGCGAUAGAUCCGCUCGCGAGGAACAUAUACUGGACGGACCCAGUGUCUGAUACUAUCACUGUUGCUAGGCUGGAUGGUAGUGCGAGGAAGAUCAUAAUCCACGACGACCUAUACUAUCCGCGUGCAAUAGCACUACACCCAACGGCCGGUUGGAUGUUCUGGUCGGAUUGGAACGAGAAGAAGCCGAAGAUUGAACGGGCCAACCUGGACGGGACCAAUCGUAUACUGCUGGUAUCGGAAAAGCUGACGUGGCCCAAUGGGAUUGCUUUAGACACAGCGGCUAAUAAGUUAUACUGGGGCGAUGCAAGAACGCACAAAAUUGAGGUCUGUAACAUGGACGGAACGGACAGACGAGAACUGCACAGUAGCGAUAUCUUACACAUCUUCGGAUUGACAUUGCUCGGCCAGCACUUGUAUUGGACGGAUAUGCAGCGGCGGACUUUGGACAGAAUCAACAAGAAUACAGGCUUAGAGAGGCAAGCGGUAGUGGAACAGAUGGCUAACAUGAUGGGAGUCAAGGCGUUUCGCCUCGGAGAGCCGCUGGGCCACAACCCAUGCGCUGACAACAACGGGGAAUGCUCCCAUCUCUGCUUCAACCGGCCCCAGGACUUUGUGUGCAGUUGUCCUAUAGGUUUGGAAUUGGGCAAGGAUCGCAAGAUGUGCAUCGAACCUGAAGCGUUUCUUAUAUACAGCAGAAAAAAUGUUAUCGGCAGAAUCAGUAUUGAGAGUGAAAAUAAUGACGCUGUCUUGCCCAUCAAAGAGUUAAAGGAAGUCAGCGCUUUAGCGGUGCACGUAUCUGGGUCAAAGAUCUACUGGUCCGACAGCAAAACGAAAACUAUAAACCGAUGCUCUGUAAAUGGUUCAAAUAUGGAGAAAAUACUUGAGUGGAUGGGCCUCGUCGAAGGUUUAGCUAUAGACUGGUCCGGCCAGAACAUUUACUGGACAGAUACGGCUUCGCAACGCAUAGAGGUGGCUCGUCUUGACGGAUCCAGCAGACGGACGCUAAUAUGGCAGGGCCUGAAGAAACCUAAGAGCGUGGUCUUGGAUCCAAAAAAAGGCUACAUGUAUUGGUCGGAACUCGGCUCCAAGAGCAUCAAACGCGCCACUAUGGACGGAGGAUCUCCUACCGUCAUAUUCGAGCAAGUGGGCCGCGUGCACGCAUUGGCCAUAGACUACGACAAACGUACAAUAUAUUGGGCGGCCUUGGACCCGCCCGUUUUAGAGUUCGCAAUGUUGAAUGGCACGGGCAGGAAAGUGCUGGCUGAUAAUAUACCGAUGCCGUACGCCCUGGCUAUAUAUGGAGAACGCGUGUUUUGGGGCGACUGGAAUACCGGCCUAAUAGAAGUGUCGAAGAAGAGCGACGGAACGAACCGUAAAACAAUUCACAACCAGUUGGACUACAUAUCAGAUCUGAAAGUUUAUCAUAGAGUGCGGGACUCACUAUCGAACCAGUGCGGCGUUGAUAAUGGUGGCUGUUCACAUCUUUGCCUGCCCUUGCCGAAUAACGACUACCGAUGUGCUUGCCCCACGCACUAUCGCCUCAACAGAGACAACCUCACCUGUUCAGAACCGGAAGAAUUCUUAUUUUUCGCCCAGAAGAACGCGGUCGGUCGUAUUUUGACAGCUAACGGAGAAUGCAAUGACGCUUUUAUACCUUUAACGGGUUUAAAAAGCGUGCGAGCUAUCGAGUACGAUCCGGUCAACAAGCAUAUGUAUUGGAUGGACGAUGAGUUUCACUCCAUACGGCGUGUACCGAUCUCAUAUUCGACCACUUCUGCACUCAACGACGCUGUGACCGUAGUCACUGGUCUGGCUCGACCCUUCCACAUGGUCUUGGAUAUACUAGGAAGAGCCUUGUACUGGACCUGCUUAGACACAGACUCGAUUAACGCCACAUCGAUCGACAACAACUCUUCAAUGGGUGUCAUAUUACGAGGAGAGAAAAUGAUGCCACGACAUUUGGCUUUCCAUCAAACUAAAAGGAUCCUAAUAUGGAGUGACGCAGGCCUUGGAGCCAUAAUGCGGUCGAACGUGGACGGCACUUCGCGUGUCGAACUUGCUCGAGUAAACAACGUGACGGCGUUGGCCGUUGAACAAAGCAGUGCCACGGUAUACUGGGCGGUCGCGCGCCAGAUACAUGCGUUGGAUCUCGACUCGCCCAACAGACGUGUGGUAUGGCAAGGCGGCUGGGUGGGUGCGUUGGCCGCGUUCGGAGGCGCAUUGUAUCUGUGCGGUGGCGAACGCACACCUAUGCGUUUGCCGCUACACCGGCGCGACGCUCCCGCGGCCCCGUUGCCUCACCUUGCGAGACUGGUUACUGCUAUACCUGUCCAUCGGGUGGACCGCGAGCACCCGUGCUACGGCGGGCGAGCGUGCGGCGGCGCGCCCGGUGCGUGCGGCGCAGACGGCGUGUGCGGUUGCGGGCUGCAGUGUGCGGCGCGGCGCGUGUGCGCUGACAACCACUUCCUGUGCGACGCACCGCUAGCGCCAGCCGCCGGCUCCGUGUCCGCCUCGCCGCCCGAAGCGCACUGCAUACCCAUGGAAUGGAAAUGCGACGGUCAACGCGACUGCCCGGACGGGUCGGACGAGGCGCGGUGCGACGCGUGCGCCGGCCUGCGCUGCGCGGACGGCUCCUGCGCAGCGGCCCUGGGCGGCUGCAGCACCGGCACGUACUGUGCGCACGCGCCGCUACCGGACGCGUUCAGAUGCGAUGAACGUCUUUGCCUGGCGCCGUUGCUGGUCUGUGACGGCCACCCGCACUGCGAGGACGGCGCAGACGAGGCGCCCGCUAUAUGCGACUUCCUUCAUAAAGAUCAGGUUGUGUCUGUGGGCGCCGCGAGUCCGGGCGGCCAAUCGCACGCCUUAGUGGCUUGUGGGGCCGUAGCCGGCGCGGGCGCAGCGUUAGGCGCCGCGUGGGCCGCUAUGCGACGCCUGCGCAGAACCCGGCGACCGCCGCACGCGCAACGCAACUUCCCACUAGUCAAGCCGCCGCCUAUUGCGCGAACUUCACUACCAUCUUCCGAGAUGAGUGCCACCGGAUCCGGAUCGAUGGGAUCCAACUCCGUGGGGUCGGCAUCAGAUAGCCUGUGCGGGCGGUAUCCGCGACCUACCGCCAAUCCGCCGCCCAGUCCGGCCACUGCAUCGCGGGGCAGACGACGGGCGUAUCGUCACUACCGAGCGUCCAACAGGCCCCCGCCGCCAACGCCAGCGUCAACCGACGCCAACGAAUCCGAGACCGAACCCGCUGGUCGCGCACCCCCUCCUUCGCCGGCGCCUCUACUAUACUAAUAUGUAUAGUGAAAAGUAUAAUCAUCGAUAGCCUAUAACAGUACACUCCUAGCGCGAGGGUUUGCAUAAUCACCAAGCUGGGCUGACGGGAUCUCAGCAGACGGUAUUUGUACCACAGAGCACGCUGUCCGUUCUCGGCAAUAUUCCCUUAGUCGCCUCGUACGAGUUUCGUGGGAAGAUGUGGAGUGGCGACUAUAUUCUGAUCUGCCGUCACCGCACGACACUAAACAUCAUCAUCCGCAGGCAAUGUCCCACUGCUGGACACAGGCCUCGUCUCAAACAGGAGCAUUGGUUCAAAAUCUUAAACCAACCAUGCUGGUCCAGUGUAGGAUGGGGGGCUUUAGCGACUAUUAUCACAUGUAAGUGAUAAUAACACGGACCGACGGCGUGCUCUUCAAGAUGCGGUUCUCCGAUGAGCAGUAUAAGAAUAGUAAAAUUAAAGCUGUUUAUCAGUAAUUUUGUUAGAUCCAAUGAAAGAGCUAGUGUUGGUCUAUGGUGCAUUUUGAUAGGACGGUACGUGGGAAACUCCCGAAAACGAAAUACGGGGAUUCCCCGCAGUCGGGGUAUCGACUAAUGAAAUACCAAAACUCAAAUGUAGAUAUUCAAUAUCUACAUUGAAGUUUUGGCAUUUUUUAAAUUAAUUCCGAUUGCUGGAUUUACAGCAUGUGUUUAACAAAUAAUAAAUAUCCUGAACUAAGACGAGCAUAUCGUCACUACCAAGAAUUAUUAUCAUUAACUGACGUCCAUACUUCAAGUUCGGAGUAAAAUUACCUUGGAAUGAUGUUCAAAAAGCCAUUGGUACUUAUUCUGUUGAUAACAAAUCUCUGAACUAAACUAAAUUCCCAAGUCUAAAAUAGGAGCUGUCCUUUUCACAAUGUUCCUUAUAGAACGGGAUAGCACUUUGUGCGGUCAACAGACACAAACGUACCUGUCAGUUUAAUUAAUUUUAAGAGAUUUGCGUGAAACAGAAACUGUACCAUUAUAUUAAAUUUUAGUAUGAAAUUUCAAUUUGGUGCUAUUUCACUGUGCGUGCCUCAAUAUUGUUAGUUAUAUAGUUACUAAAUUGUGUAAUUAAAAUUGUAUCUAUUAGUGUAUAGAGUUUGUACAUAAUGUUUAUUUUUAUUUAGGUAAGUAUGUUGUAAAAAAAACUAUUAGAUAACAGACUAUUACUUAAGAAUAUUAAAAUAAAAAUCGGAGCCUUAAUAUUGUUUUAAAAGAAGACUGUACACUCUUGGCGGAGUUGUUGUACAUUAUGCAAGAAAAGUAGACAUUUCAUCACUCAGGGGACAUCAAUCACCAAAAUUAACUAAGAAUACGGUACUUAGUUUGCAUAAUUCUAACUUGCCUUUAGGUUUAUGACUUACAUACAUUUUUUAAAUCAACGAAUGAAAUUAAAAAUUAUUGAAAAGGUUUGUCACUUAAGUUUUUUCGCUUGCCUAGUGCAAGCGAAAAGCGACUGCAAGAGUCCAUUAUGCCAACAUACUAGUGCAAAAAGGGUUUGUGUUCUGUGAUAGAAUGAUGACGAAGGAUGGAAACGAUAUCAUUUUUUGACAGCCAGAAACCAGUAUUCUAAGACCCAUGUUUAUUACUUUUUAAACUUGAUACUUUCUAUAAUAAAAUAAUAAUCUCACUUUAUAAAAAAAUAUAGAAAUUAAAAUUAAGUAAUUUGAAAUUGCAUUACUUAAAAAUUACCUAAAAGCUAUGUUAGUACAUACGCUAUUUGCCAUACCUUCCAUUUAUACCUAAAUAUGAACAGCCUAGUAGAAUCUUUGCCUGAUAAACAUUGUUACUCAAAAACUACCGACACUUGCGAGGUGUGUAAUCACAUGUUAAUGAUUCCUGAUCACUAUCAAGCAAUUUAUAGGGGUUAUUUCAGAAGUGUAUGGAGCCUGGGCUACGUAUGUGUACACCUAUUCAAAAUGUUCGGGGGUCAUGAAAUAGUUGCUACCUUUUAUAGUUUAUUUUGUAUUGUAAAGUUCCAAUGUAGGAAAUUAAUUUAUAGAAGAAAAAAAAGGGCAAUAAAAUGGCGUACGUCACAUUGACAAUGACAUUUGUGGCACUAAGAAGAGACAUUUACUAUCGGAAAGCGUGGGGAAAGUACGGAGGGUAGAGGUAAGGAGAGUCAUCUUAUAUGGGAGAAAAGUUGAAAAAGUGUCCAGUUGUAUGCGCUAAAUAACAGUUCAAAAAUCCUCCACAAUGUCGCUGGUGGAU